AUGGAGGCCAGCAGUGGUACUUUAGAUGGCGAUGACAGCCAACCCAGUCAACCAGGUCAAUCAGGUCAACCCAGUCAACCAAGUCAACCAAAUCAACCAAGUCAACCAAGUCAACCCAGUCAACCAGGUCAACCAAAUCAACCAAGUCAACCAGGUCAACCAGGUCAACCUCAAGUCAUCCCAGAUGCAUUAAAAUUGUACAAAGAAAUCCUUCCGGAGCCUGGUGAGGAGAUGGAGACUUACCAGGCGCGAUUUGAGGCUCACACUAAGAAAUAUCGCAAGGAUGAUCAACCGAUCCCCACCGGGGACUUGCGAAAAAAGCGACAAUAUGAGGGCAUCCAGGAUGGUCAAGACGGAAUUGUUGAUCAGUACUUGAAAGAUGUCCAGGGCGUGUCAAGAGUCGUAUUCCUCUUAGACUUAAACAGCAGCCGUGUAACCUCCAUGCUAAAUCAUAUCAUGCGCGGAUAUGAAAUGGACGCAAGCUUGCAAGGAUAUGCACUAGCCAUUGCCAGAAAGCGCACUCUAAGCAAUUUCAACACUUGGAAAAGUAGAUCGAUGAAGAAUUUGAAGAAACAUCUUCAAGAAGUAAUGGCCGAUCCAGUGAAUACGGAUUUCACUGAAAACAGAGAUAUACAGCAAAACCAGAAAUCUCUCUAUCGACGUUUCAACCCAGAUGAUUUUGUGAAGUUGUUUUCAUGGCUGGAUGGUAAUGCGAACAUCCGAGCUUCACCGCAGAAUGUCCAGGACUGGUGUGCUUCCAUUUACGCCGAGAUUGGGGCUUUUGUUAAACAGAACAUCCACUACGAAGCUGAAGCCGCCUCUGCGCGUCCGGCGGAACACGACUAUGACUGGGAAUCAUGCUUACAUCGGUUCAGUGUCAUUGCAUGUUCUCGAAAAUGGAAAGAUUCGAAGCCGAGCAAAAAGGACGUGAGUAGACUUUGCUCAUCUAAACCGGUGGUUAAACCCCAGACAACGAAACGCAAAUUCCGAGAACCCGAUGAUGAUGCAGCGACAUUUAAACGACCAGCAAUUAACAACGCUUGA